AUGCACACCCCAACGGAUGCGUCGGAGCUGCGCCUCGAGCAGCUCGCCAGUGAGCACGUGGACAUCAAACGCUGGAUCAACGCCUCCCUCCAGCGACUGCCAGCGGGGGACGCGACGACGACGGCGGCGGCGGCGAACGACGCGGACGUGGAGGCCGGCGUCACGAAGCUUUUUAACCGAUUGCAAAGCCACUUGCAGGAGGUCUCCGGGUCGGUGGAGGACACCAUUGCCCAGGCGCUGGUGCGUCUACCGCGAACCGGGCUGGAGGUUGCACGAAUGGCCACGGAGGCGCAGCAGCUGCAGUCGCAACUGCAGAGCAUGCAGGAGGUGGCGCAGUCGGCGGUGGAGGCGGCUGCGAAGCCCUAUGUCGCGCAGCUGAAUGCGUUAAAAAAAACGCAGGAAAAGCUUACUCGGUGCUCCGACACGCUUCGGAAAGCCACCCAGGUGGACAGUCACAUGAAACAGCUCGACGAUGUCAUGCAGCGGCUGCGCAUAUCCCCAUCGGAGGUUGACAUGGAUGCGGUGGCGGAGUCCAUCAGUCAGGUUCGGAAUAAUCUUGCGGAGCUGCACAAGCUGGAUGUCAGCUUUGGAGAAAAGCAGCUUGAGACGGUGGAACGGUAUGAGCAGGUUGUGCAGCACGCCGUUGAGGUGGAAUGUGUGGACAUGCUGCGACGACGUGAAGUCGACCGCGCGGCCCAGCUGCUCAGAGUGCUUGACACCAUCAGCCGCGCGGACGCGGUUCUUCAGCAGUACGCCGUGGAAAGUAUGGCCAGUGAAAAGGAACGGGUGGAGCGCAUGUUAGUCGGAAGCGGCGCUGCAGCCGCUGUCUCGCCGGCGCGUGCGGCGGAACUGCUGAAGGGGCAACUGAUGCCGUCCAUCGGGCAAGCGCUUUCCGACCAGUUGGAUUAUGCCCUGCGCAUGGCGCAGAACGACGACCGCGCGAACGCGGACCCUCUGCGGACGGAAAAGCGCGCGGAGGCGCCGCACGAGGUGGAGGCACGCGCGCUAAAAGUGAUGCAGCUGAUGGUGGACGAGGUGGUUGGCGGCAUCUCUGGCGCGCUGGGGCCCAUCCUGGAGGCGGCGGAGCGGAAUGAGGAGCUGCUGGCCUGCUGCGACGCGGUGCGGCAGCUCCGGCUGGGCGAGGAAGUCGGCAGCCGCACCCCUGGCGCCGGGUCGACCCCCGGCGGUGGCGGCGCACUGCGGGAAAAAGUUGCGCAGCAGGUCGCCAGCUACGCCCUGGCGGAGCUGGCGGGAAUCUUUGGCAAGCCCAGUCUGCUGGAGGCGUUCGCGCGACGCGAGGCGCGCCGCGUGGAGGCGCUUCUGGGCGACCCGAAACAAGCGCUGCGGCGGCAGCGUUUUCAGGCGGCGAUGGAUGCCGUGACGGACGCCGUGCAAAGCGUCGCGCGCUUCUUCCCGGAGAAAACGCUCCCGAUGUGCGUCGGGAAAUGGCGCGAGGCUCUCCUCGGGGCGAUCUCCGGCCUGCGGCCGACGCCGGCGACGCCGCAAGAAAGCCUGCUGGCGAACCUGGCGACCGCCCGCGACGCGGCGGGGCAGCUGCUGCAGGGCGCCCCGGGGACGACCGCGGAGGUGCGGCGGCGGCACCCGAGCCUGGCGGACGCCGUCGAAGGCCAACUCCGCACGCAGCUCUGGGCGCCGCUGACGGAGGCCCUGGAAGACUGCGCCGCCGAGUGCCAGAGGGCGCUGAAGCGCACGAUCGUCGAGCCCGUCGUCGCCAAGGCCAACGGCUACGAGUCGCAGCCCCUCUGGGGUCCGGGGCGCGGCGGCGGAGGCGGCCACCCCCCGCGCGCGACGCCGCCUGCGUCGUACACGCCCGCGCAGGUUGCGCCCAGCGAGUUGGUGCGGGCCCUCGGGGAAGCCAUCGUUGAAAUACCGCUGGCGCUGGAGGCGCUGCGCGGCGACGGCGACGGCGACGGCCGCCCCAGCGGUGUCGAAGACCUUUUGGAGGCAGCGGCCGCCGGGAGCUGGCUGGAAGACAUCGUGAGAACCGCCGUGGCAGACUUUAUUGAGCACAAGGUGGGCGGCAUAACAAUUUACUUCCCCAGCGACGCGCCGGACGCGGCGAAGGAGGCGGCCGCCGCCGUGGAGCAGCUGGCGACGGACUUGAACUACCUCAAGAGUAUUCUCUCCGCGGUGAGCGGCGAGCCCUUUGAGGCGCUGGAGCUGGCGCUGGCAAAGCUGAAAGCGGUGGCGCCGCUCCCGGGCAAACCCAUCGCAAUCGGCCCGCUACUCGCCGGGGCCGCGUGA